AUGGACACUCUUCUGACCUACAGUGGAGUUGUAGCUCUAGGUGUCGGCGCUGGCCUUUCGAUUGCAUGGGCGGUCGUCAGCUUCAUCUUGGUCAUCGCAGAGAUCAUCGUGUUUGUCCGAUGGGAAUUGAACCCUUAUUUUGCCAUGAUGCCCUAUUCUAUCAAGACCGGUCUAUGGUUGAUCUUGUUUCUCGUUGAGAUUCAUGAACUUGUGGUUGCUCACAGAGGCGCUGUCUCGCCCAUCGUCUCUGGAAUCUUUCUUCUCGUGUUCCUCAUCCCACUGAUCUACUCUGUUCUUGCCGACUAA